AUGGCUCCGGAAGAAUCCAUACCGUCGACUUCAGGUGAGAGGCGACAAAACGUAUCAAUUACCUAUGAACGUUUGGCGUUUAGAUAUGAUCCAACAGUCGAUUACGCUGGAGAUAAAUCGGUCGAUUUUGGAACAAUGAACAAAAUUUGUCAAUAUUGCAGCGCUUUGAGGUUUCGACUGGAACCAACAGGAUUAUGUUGUGCGAACGGAAAGAUCAAAUUACCACAACUUACAACGCCACCUGAACCACUGAAUUCAUUACUUUCAGGACAAGAACCUCUAUCGAAGCAUUUCUUGCAGAAUAUUCAAAAUUACAACUGUGUAUUCCAAAUGACAUCAUUUGGUGCAAAUAUAAUUGAGGAAAGGGGUUUCAAUCCAACUUUUAAGAUUCAAGGACAAAUUCACCAUCGUGCAGGAGCAUUGUUGCCAUCAGUUGAUGGGGAAUACAAAUUUCUUCAAAUUUAUUUCCUCGGAAAUUCUGAAGCUGAAAUAAAUCAACGCUGUGCCAUCAAUCAUGCAGCUAGGAGAGAGAUCAUCGUGCAACUGCAACAACUGUUGCAUGCUCACAAUCAAUUGGUCCAAUUGUUUAAAACAGCCCUUGAAAUAAUGCCGUCGGACGAUCAUAAAAUAGUGAUCAGAGCAGACAAAAAACCAACAGGAGAACAUGAGAGACGCUUCAAUGCACCUAUGUUAAACGAAGCCAUUGUGGUUGUUGGGGAGAAUAUGGAGUCUCGUGACAUUGUAAUUCAACGACGUAAUGGUAGCAAACUUCAGCGUAUCAGUGAAACACAUCGUUCAUAUGAUGCAUUACAAUACCCUCUAAUAUUUUGCAGAGGAGAAGAUGGAUACCAUUUUCAAAACAAGAUGAUUAAUCCAGCGACUGGUCAAGAAACAAACAAAAAGGUCAGCUCGAUGAAUUUUUAUGCAUACCGUCUCAUGAUUCGUCUAAGCGAGAACAACCACAUUUUGAGAUGCCGUCGAUUGUUUCAUCAGUUUGCCGUUGAUAUGUAUGUAAAAAUUGAAACGGAACGUCUGACAUAUAUACGUUUACACCAGAAAGAAUUACGUUCUGAACAAUACAUUCAUUUGCGCGAUGCCAUGAACGCAGAUAAAAAUGGAAAUAAUGUCGGCCAACUUAUUAUUUUACCAGCAACGUAUAUGGGAAGCCCGAGACACAUGCACGAAUAUGCGCAAGAUGCUAUGACCUACGUGCGCCAAUACGGUAGACCAGAUUUAUUUAUUACUUUUACAUGCAACCCAAAAUGGAUCGAAAUCACUAAUCUGUUAUUACCCGGUCAAUCAUCCAGCGAUCGUCACGACAUAACCGCUCGAGUGUUCAAGCAAAAACUCAAAGCGCUCAUGGACUUCAUUGUAAAAUAUCAUAUCUUCGGAGACGUACGAUGUUGGAUGUAUUCUGUAGAGUGGCAGAAAAGAGGACUGCCUCAUGCGCAUAUUCUCCUGUGGAUGGUCGAAAAAAUAAGACCGGAUGAAAUUGACUCGAUCAUUUGCGCAGAAAUUCCUGAUCCCGAAGUAGAUCCAGAAUUGUAUGAAAUAGUUAAGAAGAACAUGAUUCAUGGACCGUGUGGCGAACACAAUCGUGAAUCACCGUGCAUGAUCGACAACAAAUGCUCGAAGCGUUAUCCCCGUGCUUUGUUGGCUGAUACAAUUACAGGGAAUGAUGGCUACCCCCUGUAUCGUCGUCGUUCUAUAGAAGACAACGGCAGAACAAUAACAUUGCAAGUCAAAAAUAAGGAUGUCGUAGUCAACAACUGUUGGAUUGUUCCGUAUUCGCCGCUGCUUUCCAAAACAUUUAAAGCGCAUUGUAAUGUUGAGUACUGCAAUUCGGUCAAGUCCAUCAAAUAUGUUUGCAAGUACGUCACGAAAGGAAACGACAUGGCUGUAUUUGGUAUUGCAGGUCCAAAUAAUAACGAUGAAAUUUCAACAUAUCAGAUGGGAAGAUAUGUUAGUAGCAAUGAGGCGGUUUGGAGAAUCAUUUCAUUUCCCAUACACGAACGUCAUUCCACUGUAGUUCAUUUAGCUGUUCACCUGGAGAAUGGACAACGAGUUUAUUUCACGGCAGAAAACGCAGCGCAAAGAGCAGAACGACCACCAGCGACAACGCUGACAAGCUUCUUCGAGACAUGCGCAAGCGAUCCAUUUGCAAGAACAUUGCUUUACUCGGAAAUGCCAAAAUAUUUUACAUGGAAUGCAUCAUCUAAAAAAUUCCAACGUCGGAAACAAGGACAGCCUGUACCGGGAUACGUGAAUAUAUAUUCAACCGAUGCAUUGGGGCGCAUUUACACAGUUCACCCGCGCAAUGACGAAUGUUUUUACUUGCGUUUGUUAUUAGUUAAUAUUCGUGGACCAAAUUCAUUUCAAUUUCUACGAACUGUCGAUGGUGAAUUGUGCGCAACAUAUAGAGAAGCCUGUCAACGUUUACAUUUACUAGAGGAUGAUGUUCAUUGGGAUCACACACUUACUGAUGCUGUUAUUUCGUCUACUUCGCAACAAAUUCGAUCAUUAUUUGCCAUCAUAAUUUCAACGUGCUUUCCAUCGAGCCCAUAUAAUUUGUGGAACAAAUACAAAGACAAUAUGGCUGAAGAUAUUUUGCAUCGAGUACGUUCAAUAACGGCAAAUCCAGAACUUGAAAUUUGCUCAGAGAUAUACAAUGAGGUUUUGAUAUGUUUGGAGGAUUUGUGCGUGAUGAUGUCCGGCAAGAUGUUGAACGAAUUAGGUAUGCCUGCGCCUAAUCGUCCCAUGCACGAUGCAUUCAACCGUGAAUUCGAACGAGAACGGCAAUACGAUACAAAUGCUUUGAGUCAAACCGUACAAAAUAAGGUGCCACUUUUAAAUCAGCAGCAAAAAACAGCUUACGAUACGAUAAUUAAAGCAGUAAAUGACGGCAAUGGAGGAAUAUUUUUCAUCGAUGCACCCGGCGGAACUGGUAAAACAUUUUUAAUUUCAUUAAUUUUAGAUACGAUUCGAGCACAAGGUCAAAUAGCGCUGGCAGUAGCAUCAUCUGGGAUCGCUACAUUGUUAGAAGGCGGACGUACCGCUCAUUCUGCGCUCAAACUGCCAUUGAAUUUGCAAACUAUAGAGGAACCGACAUGUAAUAUAACCAAAACAUCAACAAUGGCGAAAGUGCUACAAAAUUGUAAAAUAAUAAUUUGGGAUGAGUGUACGAUGGCGCACAAACGAGCAUUGGAGGCACUAGAUCGAACAUUAAGAGAUUUGCGCAGCAAUCAGAUCCUUUUCGGAGGCGCGAUGAUUCUACUGGCUGGAGAUUUUCGUCAAACGCUGCCAAUCAUUCCUAGAUCAACAGCUGCUGAUGAAAUAAAUGCAUGCUUAAAGGCAUCAAUUUUAUGGAGAUAUGUGAAAAAUCUCAAGUUAACAACGAACAUGCGAGUGGCGUUGCAAAAUGACAUAUCAGCAGAAGUUUUCUCAAAGGGAUUAUUAGACAUUGGCAAUGGGAGAAUUCCUGUUGACUCUUCUACUGGCCUCAUUUCGUUUCCACCAAAUUUUUGUCAAUUCACAACGUCAAAAGAAGGAUUAAUUUCGAAAGUGUUUCCAAAUAUUGAUGCUAAUUACAAAAACCAUGCUUGGUUGCGCAAACAAGCCAUUUUAGCGGCGAAAAAUAAGGACGUAGAUGACUUAAAUACAAAAAUUCAGAGUCAAAUUAAUGGACAAAUACAUUCAUUUAAGACGAUCGAUUCCAUUACCGAUCCCAAUGAAGUCGUCAAUUAUCCAAUGAGUUUCUAA